AUGUCUGGCGAGGAGGAUCUCAUCGACUACUCUGAUGAUGAGCUUAACAACGAUGCCGCCGCCCCGGCAGCCAAGGGCAAGAACGGCGACGCAGCUGCUGCCGCACAGAAUGUCGACAAGAAGGGUUCUUACGUCGGCAUCCACUCGACUGGUUUCCGCGACUUCCUCUUGAAGCCCGAGCUUCUCCGCGCCAUCGCCGACUGCGGCUUCGAGCAUCCGUCGGAGGUUCAACAGACAUGCAUUCCCCAGGCCAUGCUUGGAGGCGACAUCAUUUGCCAGGCGAAGUCCGGUCUCGGAAAGACGGCUGUCUUCGUCCUUACCACUCUCCAACAGGUUGAGCCUGUCGCUGGGGAGUGCUCAGUCCUGGUGAUGUGCCACACUCGUGAGCUGGCAUUCCAGAUUCGCAACGAGUACAACCGAUUCAGCAAGUACAUGCCCGAUAUCAAGACCAGCGUGUUCUACGGUGGUACUCCCAUCCAGAAAGACGCCGAGACUUUGAAGAACAAGGAUUCUCACCCUCACAUCAUUGUCGGUACCCCGGGCCGUCUCAACGCCCUCGUCCGCGACAAGCACCUGCGCCUCGGAAAUGUCCGCAUGUUCGUCCUCGAUGAAUGCGACAAGAUGCUCGACCAAAUUGACAUGCGCCGUGAUGUCCAGGAGAUCUUCCGGGCCACUCCUCAGCAGAAACAGGUUAUGAUGUUCUCUGCCACCCUUGCCGAUGAGAUCAAGCCCAUCUGCCGGAAGUUCAUGCAGAAUCCCACGGAGCACUAUGUCGACGAGGACACCAAGUUGACGCUCCACGGUCUUCAGCAAUACUACAUUCCGCUUGAGGAGAGGGAGAAGAACCGGAAGCUCAACGAGCUGCUUGAUGAGCUCCAGUUCAACCAGGUCAUCAUCUUCGUGAAGAGCACUCUUCGUGCCACUGAGCUCGACAAGUUGUUGCGCGAGUGCAACUUCCCUUCCAUUGCUGUCCACUCCGGCGUUAGCCAGGAGGAGCGUAUUCGCCGGUACAAGGAAUUCAAGGAGUUCAACAAGCGCAUCUGCGUGGCGACUGACGUCUUUGGUCGCGGUAUCGACAUUGAGCGCAUCAACCUCGCCAUCAACUACGACCUGCCUGCCGACGCAGACUCGUACCUGCACCGUGUCGGUCGUGCUGGUCGUUUCGGUACCAAGGGUCUUGCUAUCUCCUUCGUCAACACCGACCAGGACAAGGAGGUUCUGCAGCAAAUUGAGAAGCGUUUCGAGGUUGCCCUUCCUGAGUUCCCCAAGGAGGGUGUUGACGCCUCGACGUACAUGGCCGCUUAA